AUGGAGCCAUCACCAGAGGUGUACGCGAUACUCCUGCCACUCCUCAGCAUCAUUAUCUCCUUCAACCUCACCCUCGGCAUCAUCAUGUGCUACUUCAUCCGUCGCAGACGUGUUCCCGACGAAGAAGCAACCGAGCUCAUAAAGGUCAAGCCAAAUCUCGAGCGAGGCAUGCUCGUCGAAAUCAUCUCCAUCUAUCGUGACGGCAUCCAAAUCUACACAAAACAAAAACCACCGACCAGUCCACGUCUGUACUACCAUCCCUCACUCAAGGACCCCGAGCAGGCUCACAUGUACCUCCGCGACGUCCCAAUACCACCCAAACGACCAAUAGACGAUCUACGACAAGAAUUAGCUGCAGGAUUCCGUUGGCUAUAUCGAUCUCGAUCUCAGCAAUAG